AUGGGGGCGCACGGCUCAGGGUCGCGCCGCUCGCGGGCAUGCCCCGUCCUGCUGCUGCUGCUGCCGGGGGCCCUCGCCGUCCUGGGCGCCGUCCCGCGGCUCGUCUGUGACAACCGCGUGCUGGAGAGGUACAUCCUGGACGCCAAGGACGCCGAGAACGGCACGAUGAGCUUUGGUGAAAGCUGCGGCCUCAGCGAGAAUUUCACCGUCCCGGAUACCAAGGUUAACUUCCACGCCUGGAAAAAGAUGGAGGUGGAACACCAGGCCGUGGAAGUGUGGCAAGGCCUGGCCCUGCUGUCAGAUGCCAUCCUCCAGGGCCAGGCCCUGCUGGCCAACUCGACGGAGGUGCCGGGAGCCCUCCAGCUGCACCUGGACAGAGCCAUCAGUGGCCUGCGCAGCCUCACCUCCCUAUUGCGGCUGCUGGGCGCGGAGAAGGAAGCCAGGCCCCCUCCCGCGGCCUCCCCCGCGCCACUCCGGACCUUCACGGUGGAUUCCCUGUGCAAGCUCUUCCGCGUCUACUCCAAUUUCCUCCGGGGCAAGCUGAAACUAUACGUCGGGGAGGCCUGCAGGAGAGUGGACAGGUGA